ACAAGGGUGUGUGACUUCUGUGAAAGAACAACCUGCAGGGUCCAGGUAGUUGGUGAUCCCCUCGCUUGUCUGGAGAAAGGGGACGCUUUCAAAGCAGGAAAGGUAGGAGGGGAAAAAGAAAGAGAAAGAAAGAAGGAUUUAGGGCUGAAAUUCCCCAAGUCCCUGCUUCGCAAGCAAAAGAAGGCCUGAAACAUUUAGAUUCUGGGGGCCACCUCCUUGAUAACCCCCCAUUCUGCAGCAGAGUUAAUAUUCUUGCAAUUGUCUGGGGUCAGCAUCCAUCCUGUGUGGACAAUCCCUUCCCCCAGCAGUGAUGGCCUUGGCUGAUUUUCAUUACACCACAGGGAUCAGCAGUGGAUUCAAAGUCUAUAUCUUGGAAGGCCACUCUUCCUUUGAGAACGAGCAGAGGUUCCACCGCCUCCCAGCCUACCGUCUGCCCACCUGUCCGAUCAAGCGGAAGGCCAACCUGGAUGUGAGAAGAAUCCCUGAGGGACAGAAAGCAUCCAAAGUCAGGCGAUUGUCAUGCCGGCCUAUUGCAGCUGACUCUCCGGACCAGGUGGCACCUCCUGCAUCUGUCCCCGUUGCCCCCAUUGCCGUGUCCUGUGUCUCCACCUCCAGCACUGCCACUUGCAGGGAUUCCCAUGGGCUUCUGCCCUCCUGCGCACAAAAAUGCCCCCCAAAAGAGCCCGUCUCGGAGCCCGUCCUCACAGUCGCCCAACUGCAGCAGAUGCGACCGUCGGUCAUCACCUGCGCCCCACGUCGGAGCUGCCCAGAGGCGCCGCCAAGCCCCAACUCCCCACUCUCCCCAGCAAAGCAGAACAAUGUGACCUCCAAUUUUCCCCGCUCUCAAAGGCUUUGUCCAUGGACCACCAGCAUCUCAGCAUCGUUCAGUAGAGAAGCAUCUCCCAGGCAGACAAUCAAAGAGGCAGAUGGGAAUCUCUAACCUAGCUUUUGUAUAGCCUAUGCAUUGUCGUUGACCUGGGGAAGUCCCCCUGUAGCAGCCUGUCCUUCCUAGGACCGGGCCCCAAAAUCAUGCUCGCCUCUUCCCUUUUUUUUUUUUUGUAUCUUGUUAGCCUACUCUGUUCCUACACCCUAAAUCUGGCUUAGUGAUCUCCAUUUUGGUGGUAGCUGCAUUCCUGACUUUAAAUCCAUAUAUGUGAAAGCUCCACUCCAAAUAGAUAAUUUCUUGCUAAUCUGCAUGGCUGAAGAGUCUUCUAGUUCAGCAUUUCAUUUCCAGUAAAAACCAGCCGUGUGUCUCACAAUAGGCAAGACGUGAUAUUCUUUGUCCUUGCCAUGUGGUACUUGGGUAUUGCCUUUAUGUAGUAAGGUCCAUUUAGUUACCGUCUGUACCAGUGGUGAAAUCCAAAUUUUUUUACUACUGGUUCUGGUGGGCAUGGUGUGGCUUGGUGGGUGCGGCUUGGUGGGCGUGGCAGGGGAAGGAUAUUGCAAAAUCUCCAUUCCCUCCUCACUCCUGGGGGAAGGAUAUUGCAAAUAUCCAUUCCCACCCCACUCUGGGGCCAGCCAGAGGUGGUAUUUGCCAGUUCUCCGAACUGCUCAAAAUUUCCGCUACCGGUUCUCCAGAACCUGUCAGAACCUGCUGGACAUCAUCCCUGGUCUGUACCAGUGUUUUUCAGCUUUAAGAUGUGUGGAGCUGAACCUCCACAUUUCCCCAGACAACAUUAAAGUUGUCAAGCUUGAGAAAUCUCUUACCUAGAUCAAUAAUCAUCUCAGAAUCCUUUGGGAGUGAAAAUGACAUUCUCCAAGCAGAAGAAGGGGAUUUAGAAGAACCUCAGUCUAAGGAAGAGAAGACAAAUCUAGCCCAAUAAUAACUGAACCCAGUCAUGAUCCAGGAACAUCAGCAAGAGGGGAACGGAAAACUGGAGGAAAUGAAAAGGGACUUCCUAGAAAAGGAAGUGUCAUGGCUGUCCAGAACCUAGUGGAUUUUCUUGUAGAUCCUACCUGUUAUAGCAAUCCUCUAUCAAACAGUGUGAAUGGGGUCAAUGUAUGCAUAAGAGAUCAUUGCGGGCUAAUCGUACAGAUAGUCCUCAACUUACGACAGUUCAUUUACUGACUGUUCAAACUGACAACGACACUGAAAAAAGUGACUUAUGACCAUUUUUCACACAUUUUGCAACAUCCUUACGGUCAUGUGAUUUACAUUCGGACGCUCAACAACUGGUUCAUAUUUAUGUCGAUUGCAGUGUCCCAGGGUCACGCCAUCCCCUUUUGCAACCUUCUGACAAGCAAAGUCAAUGGGGAAGCCAGAUUCACUUAACAACGGUGUUACUGCAGUGAUUCCCUGAACAAAUGUGGCAAGAAAGGUCGUAAAAUUUGUUAGCUAACUUAACAAAUUUCUCACUUGGCAACAUAAAUCUUGGGCUCAAUUGGGGUCGUAGGUCGAGGGCUACCUGUAAUGAAGUAGAAAAAGUACUGCAAGCUCAAAUUGUUCUCAUAUGUUACACUUGGCAAGUGUAAUCUUAUUUUCUCCAGAACACAAACGGGGAAAUCUUUGUAACACACAAUGACUUGCAAAGAAAUACAGGAAAGAGGAAACGGUGGUUGACCUAGCAAUGCCUGGAAAAGCAGAAACCACAAGUAACUGCUGACAGUGGAAGAAUCAUAUGAGGAACGCCCACAGCCUAGAAAAUGGAGAUUAGCUUCUCUGCAUCUGUGUACCUACCUACACCUCUCCUAUUUGUAAUUCAUGAAUGUCAAUAAAGUAGUAUUUAACUCUGUAA